AGCUGCCUGUGCAAGCUUUCUCCCUGAGAAUCAUUUUGUUUGAGACAAUCAUUUGGAAGACUAGUGUGGAUUUAGACAUUGCUCACUCCAUUCUGCAACAUGAGUUCCGUACCAAUCGCAGGAGGAUUGCCAGGACAAAUAAUGAAUAACUCUAAUUCAGUUGAUUUAUCUGAAUGGGCCAAAUAUCAAAUGACAAGUUCCAUCACCACAAUUAUGAGUCCUACCCUUUACAUCCUCGUGUUUGUUAUUGGGUUCCCAGCCAAUACACUGGCACUUUGGAUAAUGGCUGCAAAAAACAAGAAACCUUCCACCAUCUUCCUGAUCAACCUGGCAAUAGCAGACCUCCUCCUGAUCUUGAUGCUGCCUUUCAAGAUUUCCUAUCACCUUCUGGGCAACAACUGGCUCUUUGGCGAAGCGCUGUGUCGGAUGAUGACCGCCUUCUUCUAUGGGAACAUGUACUGCUCCAUCCUGCUCCUCACCUUCAUCAGCAUCGACAGAUACUUUGCUCUGGUCCAUCCAUUUUACUCCAGACGCUUCAGAGACAAUGGUUUUGCUGUUACUGUUUGUACUGUAAUUUGGGUGAUGGUUGUUCUCUUUAUCCUCCCUUUCUUCCUUGUACAACAAUCCUUUCAUAUCAAUGGCCUAGAUAUCAUCACCUGCCACGAUGUGUAUCUAAAGAAUAGAGAACAUAUUUAUUUCUAUUACUGGCAGGCUGUGGUAGUACUAGGGUUUGUAAUUCCAUGCUUAAUUACUGUAUUUUGUUAUUGUAAUGUAAUCAGAACUUUACUCUUUAGUAAGACAGAGUAUAAAAAGGCUAUAAAGGUCACCGUUUUAACUCUGUUUAUGUAUCUCGUGUGUUUCAGUCCCAACAAUAUAAUACUGCUCCUGCACCAAUGGAUCCCUGAACUCCACAUCCAUUACAUGUUCUUCUUGCCCCUCAGCAGUUUUAAUAAUUGCAUUGACCCUUUUAUUUACUACUUCAUUUCUGAUGAAUGGAGGACCAAAGUAAAGGCGAUAAUCUGUUUCCGUAAAGCUGGAACCAAGAAUCGAACUUUGCAGUCAUCCACUACAUUGGAGUUGACUCGAAUGCUUUCCUCCCGAAGUUCCUCAACAAAUAUAUGCAGUGAGUAGCUGAGUGACUCAGGUCAGGAAGAUAAGGCCCCAGUCAUUGUAUUGCAAAGAUCCACAGCUCAUGAGGCAACAAUUUGGCAUAUUGUGUCAGUCCCAACCAAAGAGCAAUUCAGCCAGAUCCCACAUUCCAGAUCUGGCACAGCAGUCUUGAAGUGAUAUGGUUCCUUGUUAAAUGUGCAGAAAAUCUCUGCCUCUCUCAGCCUCUCAGCAGUAAGUUCCAGACCACCACAUCCUGGAUGAAGUUUCCUACUUUCCCAUGUUGUUCUGCCAGUUAUUUAUACAAAAGUUAUAAUCUUUCUCUUUGUUUAAGGAAAGAAAAUCUGGGUAACUCAGUUUUCCCAAUCUGAAACAUAUAGCUGAGCAAGAAUCAGAACAGGAUGUUAUGAAACUGAGGUUAAGUAGAUCGCUAACCUUUAGCAGAGGACCUUGGUGUCCAAUAAAGAGCUUGCAGCUGGGAAUUUCCUGUGACAAAUUCAUGAGGGAUUGAAUUUAUGGGAGUGUAAUCUGGGGGAUAAAAACUGAAAAAGCAAACAUACUGAAGGCCAGCUGGGAAAAUCUGAUUUUAUUUCUUCCCACAAAUAAAAACUCCAUGUCAGGGAUAAAUGUCAAUCAUGCAGAAUUAACAUCUUCAUUCAUUUAACAUUAAGACUGCCACCUGGGACUAUCACAAUGCUCACACAGAUUGCUGACCAAUCCCAUUUCUCUGUAGCAUGCCCAAUGGGAAGGGUAAUGAAGUUCAUAGUAAGAACAUAAGAAUUAGGUGUAGGAGAAGGCCAUCUGGGCCUUUGAACGUGUUCCAUCAUUCAUCAAGAUCAAAUAAAGACAGUAAUCUGUUUCAGGGAGUCUGGCACUAGCCUCAUUCUCAUUAUUCCCUUAAUAUUCAGUCUCUGUUUUGAAUGAACUCAGUGACUGAACCUCCAAAGCCCUCUGUGAUAAGGAAUUCCAGAAAUUCAUCACCCUGUGAAUGAAGAAAUUUCUCUUCGCCUCUCAUCUAAUAUCAAGAUUCCUCAGCCAGGGGAAAAUUUCUCUCUGCAUCCAUCCUGUUGAGCCCUGUAAGAAUUUUAAAGUUUCACUGAGAUCUCAUUCUUCUAAAUUCUGGAGAAUAUAGGUUUAUCUACUCAAUCUCUCCCCGUACAAACAAAGACAUCCUUCCAGGAAGCAGUCUGGUGAGUUUUUGUUGUGCUCCCUCUAUGACAAGUAUAUCCUUUAUUAGACAAAGAGACAAUUCUCCAGCUGCAAUCCCACCUUGGCCCUGAAUAAUUGCAGUGAGAUAUCCUUACACUUGCAAUCAAAUCCUCUUGUAAUAAAGCCAAGGUUUGUCUUCCUAAUCAUUUGCUGCAGCUUCACAUUAGUCGUGUACGAUGACAGCCAGGUCUCCUUGAACAUCAACUGUUCCCAAUUGUCACCAUUUUAAAAAAAAGAACUUUGCUUUUCUGUUUUGUUAACUGAAAUAGAUAACCCCCAUUUUUUCACCUCUUAAUUCUACCUACUAUGACCCCACCCUCUCACUUACCUUGACUGUAUCCUCUGGAAGUGUCUUUACAUCCUCAUCCCUACUCAUAAAUCCACCUAAUUUGGAAUCAUCAAUAAACUUGGAAACAUGACAUGUGGUCCCCUCAUCCAAAUUGUUGAUAUUGAUUGUGAAUAGCUGGGGUCCAAGCACUGAUUCCAGCCUGCCAGCCUGAAAAAGACCACUUAUUCCUCCUCUUAUGCUUUUUAUCUGUUAAGCAAUUCCCAAAUUCUCAUUAUAUUACCCUCAAUUUAAUGUCAACAAUUCCUCUCCCCCCGCAGAUGCUGCUCAGUCUGCUGAUUCCUCCAGCAGAUUGCUUGUUGCUCCUGAUUCCAGCAUCUACAAUCUCUUGUGUCUUGAUUCUCUAGUGUUGCUGGCAGGUUUUUUGUGAAGAUGGGCAUAAAGUAUUAGUUUAUUCCUCUUCAUCUGUGAGGAAAGGCGCAAAGUAUAACUGAUUUCCUCUACCAUUCCUUAUUCCCAAUUAUAAAUCCUUCUGUCUCUAACUCUCACUUGCUCUUGCUAGUCUUUUCCUUUUUAUACUUAUAGAAGCUAAUACAAUCCCUUCUUAUCUGAAGACAAUGAAAAUAUUGUCAAAUGAAUAAUUAAGGUAAAGACUAAAUUCAUCUGUAAUUGUUAUUAUUACCAAUUUCCAAUUAAUUUCACUCAAAUACCAGAGUGAAAUGUUUUUAACAGCUGAAAAUACUUGAUCAUGCCAAACACCAACAAAAAACUCCUGAAUUUAACCAAAAAUAAAGAGCGGGAAAUUCAAGGCCUUUUUAUGUUUGUCAGUUUCCUAUCUAUAUCCACCAGUUGAAACUGACACCAAAAUUACUUGGAAACUGGUUUGAAUAUGCUGAUAAUCCAGUGAGGUGGAUGGAACAAAUACACCAGCAGAAACUUUUUGGAUUGUUUGACCUAUUUCUAAAAUGUAAAAUGUCAUAAAAUUCUAUGUGGCAGCAUCAGCAGAGCCAAUGAAGUUAUUUGUGUUUUGUUGUUAUAUGGGAUUAAUUUGCUUUAGAAUUUAACUGCAUCAAUAUUCAAAUAUUGUAGGCCAGAAACAGAGAAUGAUAGUAGACUAAUACAGCCAUUUGCGUUUUUUCCUUUGGUAUUUGAUUUAAAAUAUAUCAUAUACACAGAAUCACACUGAAACAGAACCAGGAUGCCGGAUAUUAUUUGUGAGUUUAAAAAAUUGAUCAUUUUUUGUGGAAAGCUUCUUUGCUUGUAAUUUUAAUUAGCUGUUUCUCUUUUAAUGAUAACUAGUAAGUUUAACAGUCAGAAUGCUAUAAUGCUGCAUUUCAUCCAUUUAGUUUUAUUUUCAUUGAGACAUACUGAAACCUCUGCUUUUAAAAGUUGUUAUUAAGCUUAUAAAAACAGCAAGGUUACAAAUGAUGUUCUCGAAGCCGGCUUUAGUUUGAACAUAUGAUUUUAUUAAUUUAUUCCAGAGCAACCAAUGCCUCAAUAAAAGGAGAAUUUUUAAGUGCUUCA